CCACCAUCAUCUACAAUCACUUAACGAGCGGGAACAAUGGCUGCAGGACUGAAGACCAUCAUCUUAUUGUCCUUCGUCUUGGCAUUGGGUUUCCUUUUGGUCAUCUUAUCAUGUGCACUAUAUGGUAAUUGGCUACCGAUCCUUGUCGCCUUAACUUUCGUAUUUGCUCCUUUACCAAACAGCAUAUGUGCAAGAUGUGCAGGAGCUGAUGACUUUUCGGCUGAUUAUAACUCAUCUUAUGUCGAUCUUGGCAAUUGGUUAACAUCUGGUAUUGUGGUCAUGGGAUUCGCAAUGCCAAUCACACUUUCGCACGCUGGCAUAAUUACAGAUAUGGCAGGAUUGAUGAGUAUCGCAGGAGGAGCGCUCGUUUAUGGAACAAUUUUGGCUUACUCGGGAUUCUUUAGUGAUGCCGGAGAUGAUUUGUAUUGAAAU